GAUUCAGAAAACAAACACAAAAUUCUGAAUAAAAUUACUUGGAAACUGCCUGUUUGGGCUUCUCAUUUCUUCCCCUUCCCACCUGCUCUGGGGUACAUAUUCUCCCUCCUCCACCAGCUAACAUUUACUUACCCUUUUGUGUUGCUUUGUAACAAGUAGUUAGCUGAAGUAUGACCCUUCUGUAAGUGGUUGGGCAAUCACCAUCACAAGUGCCUCAUGUGUCUCAGUCAAGAGGAAGUGAUGUGGAGGGGGAAAUGGGAGUAUAACUUGGUUUAACAUCCUGCUCAACGUUUUCUGGAAAGCAUUUUCUCUGCACACCAGAGGGGCUGCUUUUCAACUGGUUGUGUAAUCAUUAGCCAUAACUCUUAGGUCUUGCUGAGGUACAUGGGUUCCCAAACAUCAAUUCUGAAAGCCCCCAAGCAUUCUAGCUUUGAUCCUGACAAUUCCCACUUGAAGCCAAAGCCAAUCAUGUGACAAUUUCAUGACUAAGAGGUUAGUGGCUGGGGCUGAGGUGCCUGAGUCAAGUUUAGGGGGUAGGGCUAUCUCAAUUAUAGGAAGUCAGACUUUCAUUUCUCCCUUUUUUCAAAAGAAGGAAGGUCAUAGGGUAGGUUGGGCGAGCAGCUGGUACAGACAACCUGGAAACUGAAGCUGUUCAGUCAUGAAGCUUGCUGUGCUUUUCUCAGGGAUUGUGCUGGGGCUACUGGCAGCCCAAGGAACAGGAAAUGACUGUCAUAAGAAAUCUGCCACUCUGCUGCCGUCCUUCACGGUGACACCUACGGCUACAGAAAGCACAACAAGCCCUGGAACAACCAGCCACAGAACUACCAAGAGCCAUAAAACUACCACCACAGGAACCAGCCAGGGACCCACGACAACUACUCAUAAUCCUGUCAGCACGACCAGCCAUGGAAAUGCCACAGGCACCAGCCACGGACCUACAACAGCUACUCAUAAUCCUGUCAGCACGACCAGCCAUGGGAAUGUCACAGCUCAUCCAACAACAAGCAACAGCACUGCCACUAGCCCAGGAUCCUCCAGCAGUCCUCCCCACCCAGGACCACCUCCACCUUCUCCAAGUCCUAGCCCAGGCUCCAAGGCAGCGGUAGGAGACUACACUUGGACUAAUGGGUCUCAGCCCUGUGCCCGUCUGCAAGCCCAGAUUCAGAUUCGAGUUCUGUACCCAACCCAAGAUGGAAGAGAGGCUUGGGGCAUCUCCGUACUGAACCCUAACAAAACCAAGGCCCAGGGUGGCUGUGAGGGUGCCCAUCCCCACUUGCUUCUCUCAUUCCCCUAUGGACAGCUCAGCUUCGGAUUCAAGCAGGAGCCACAGCAGAGCAUGGUUUACCUGAACUACACAGCUGUGGAGUACAAUGUAUCCUUCCCGCAGGCAACGAAGUGGACGUUCUCAGUUCAGAAUUCAUCCCUUCAAGAACUCCAAGCCCCACUGGGCCAGAGCUUCAGUUGCAGAAAUGCAAGCAUCAUUCUUUCACCAGUUUUCCACCUCGACCUGCUUUUCCUGAAGCUACAAGCUGCUCACCUACCCUCAACAGGGGACUUUGGGCCAAGUUUUUCGUGUCCUAGUGACCAAUCCAUCUUGCUGCCUCUUAUCAUCGGCCUGAUCGCCCUCGGCCUGCUCGCCCUGGUGCUUGUUACCUUCUGCAUCUUCCGGAGGCGCCCAUCCACCUACCAGCCCCUCUGAGCAUUUUGUCCCAACACCCAGGGCACCAGGAGAUGCUGUCAUUUCUUACCACUCAACUGACUCAGUGACAAAGUUUUCUUCUUCCCUCUCUGACUUGAACAAAAAUAGAGAGAACACAAUUGGGAGAACUGAAGCGAGAUGUUUAUUAAAUGUGAAAUUCCUCCUCUCCCAUUCCUAGGAGAAUAAUAAAAUGUACUCAAUCUUUA